AUGGGAUCAUGUACAUAGAAACUGAAAAAGGUUAACUAAGAAAAUGCUUAAAAAAGACAAAUGUUAUUACAAGCUUUGCAUUCUAAAAAUUAAUCGAUUUAGACUCAAGAAUCAGAUAAAGAAAAAAAGAAGAGAGAGAAAUUUAUGAAAACUGAUAAAACUCUAAAUAUCCAAAAUUUCAUCCUGAUUUAAACAUGCAAAUUGUCUAAAGUUUAUUCUGUUGUUUCUAAUGGCAACAAAGAUUAAUAAAUUUCUUUUCAAGGUAAAUACCAGAAUGAAAAUUUAUAAAUUGUACAAAAUAAUCUUACUGGGAGGAUUAGAACAAUUGAAACACUACCAUUGGGUGAUAAAUACACAAGAAAAUACAUGGAUAAUUUAUUAGCAAAUACUUUAGUAUUUUUAAUAUAAAGAAUUUUAGUCUCAUCCCAAUAUUACUUAAAUACAUGAAAUCUUUUAGGACGAUAAUAAUAUUCAUAUUAUUCAAGAUUAUUGUAGUGGAGGAAAAUUAUGUAACAUAAAUUACAGACAGGGUUAGGGAAUAUAAGAAAAUAUCGCAUUAAAAAUUUUAGUUUAAAUGAUUGAAUCUAUGAAUUAUCUUCAUGUGAAAGGAUUAAAUCAUGGUCAUUUAACAUUUAAUAGUUUUUAAAGAACUGAUGAAUCAGAAAACUAUUAUAUAAAAUUAACAGAUAUAAAACAAAUCUUUAUAAAACCUUAGAUAACAUUUGAACAGUUACUAUUUUUUGCUCCAGAAAUAAUAGAUAAUGAUUAAGAAUAUUCAAUAGCUAGAGAUGUUUGGUCUAUAGGUAUUAUAUUUUAUAAGCUUUUAACUGGUAAUUUGCCAUAUUCAUCUACAUAAGUAAGUAAAUUAAAAUCAGAAAUAAAAAAGGGUAUAAUAUAAAUGACAGAAUUACAAUUUGAUAAAAUAUCUUCAAGAUCAAAGGAUCUGCUAAAUAAAUUACUUGAAUAUAACCCAUCAACAAGAUCUAAUCUUAAUUCUAUUAUAAAAUCUCCAUUAUAUAGAAAAUUAGUUUCUCAAACUAAUUAAAUUAGCAAAUAAUCAGUAAAUGCUUUGGCCAAUAUUAAACCAGCUAAUCUUAUAUAAUCAUUAUUUUUAUAAUUUUUAGUUAGUUAACUUUGCUAAAAUUAAUAGAAUGAAAUUUAUUAAAUGUUUAAUAAAUAUGAUUAAAAUGGGGAUGCUAAAUUAAGUAAGAUAGAAAUAUAUGAUCUUUUGUAUUAAUAACUAAGAUCAAAAGAAUAAGCAUAAUAAUAGGUUGAUGUAAUAUUUAAAGCUAUUGAUACUGAUCAUAAUGGUACAAUAGAUUGUAAUGAAUUUAUUAGAUGUAUUGUUGAUAGACAAGCUUUAAUCACCACUCCAAAUUUGAAAGUGAUUUUUAAAUAAUUAUCAAAUGGGAAAGGUUCUAUACGUAAAAAGAGAUUUAUGUAAUGUUUCUAAGUUAAUUAAAAAUAAACAGAUGAAAUGUUUGCUUCAAUUACUAAAAAUAAGAGAAUCACUUUUAAAGUUUUUUCGAGGACUAUGAUAGAACUUGUCUGA